AUGGUGAAGCCACGGACGGAGAGAGAGACUCAAAUCGAGCAGGCCGGCGCAGUAACCAACGCCGUCGCGAACAGGGAGCUACGACCUGCGCCGGUGGCCGACACGAGGACAACCCGCGGGGGCUGUGCCGGGAGGGGGCCUGCGGGGGCGGGGGCGAGGCUGUGGGGGGGUUCCUGGGGAGGCCUGGAGGUGUUCCUGGGGGAGGCCUGGGAGGCCCUGCCUUGGCCUCUCUCCCCAGGCUAUAAAAUCCCAGUGAUUGAGAACUUGGGAGCCACUUUGGACCAGUUUGAUGCCAUUGAUUUCUCUGACAACGAGAUCCGAAAGCUGGAUGGGUUCCCCCUGCUGAGGAGGCUGAAAACUCUGCUCAUGAACAACAACAGGAUUUGUCGGAUUGGGGAGAACCUGGAGCAGGCUCUGCCCAGCCUCACAGAGCUCAUUCUCACCAACAACAACAUUGCUGAACUGGGUGAACUGGAUCCAUUAGCAACUAUUAAAUCCCUGACUUACCUGAGCGUUUUAAGGAAUCCUGUAACAAAUAAGAAGCAUUACAGAUUGUACCUAAUCCAUAAAGUUCCCCAGGUCAGAGUGCUGGAUUUUCAAAAAGUGAAACUCAAAGAGCGACAGGAGGCAGAGAAAAUGUUCAAGGGCAAACGGGGUGCACAGCUUGCAAAGGAUAUUGCCAGGAGAGCAAAAACCUUUAAUCCAGGGGCUGGUCUGCCAACUGACAAAAAGAAAGCUGGGCCCUCCCCAGGGGACGUGGAGGCAAUUAAGGCUGCCAUAGCAAAUGCCACGACUCUGGCUGAGGUGGAGCGACUGAAAGGUUUGCUGCAGGCUGGGCAGAUCCCUGGCAGAGAGCGAAAAUCAGGCCCCUCGGAGGAUGGCGAGGAAGAAAUGGAAGAGGACACGGUGCCCAACGGGUCGUAGCCGGCUCUGGUGCUGCCCCGGAGCCCUUUCCUGCCCCACUCGGGGCCCAUCGCCCCCGUCCCUGCACAUUUCGGUGUCCAAUAAACCAACGGUCCCUUUUUUUCCCCGUG